GAGGUCCACAGUCCAUAAUAAUAUAGCGUCUGGUCUGCAGCUUUUGGGGGGAAGAAAGCCAGAAAAAAGUUGUAAUAAUGCCGAUGUUUGUAGUGAACACCAAUGUGGCCAAAGGCGAUGUGCCUGCAGCUCUGCUGUCCGAGACCUCCGCGGAGCUGUCCAAAGUUAUGGGCAAGCCUGAACAGUACAUUGCAGUGCACAUCAACUCUGACCAAAUGAUGACGUUUGGGGGAAAGGGGGACCCGUGCGCACUCUGCUCCCUCCACAGCAUUGGCAAAAUCAGCGGGGCACAGAACAAGCAGUACUCUAAACUUCUGUGUGGACUGCUCAACAAACACCUGGACAUCUCUGUUGACAGGAUUUAUAUUAAUUUUACUGACAUGGAUGCAGCCAAUGUGGGUUGGAACAACACCACCUUUGGCUGAGAGGGAGCAAGACUCUGCAAGUUACAAUAAAAUAACAUUCCACAAUGUUUCUAGAAGUAGGAAAUUCAGUCAAACUGACCCGUUAGAUAUGUCAAGACAUCUGGUUAUCCAAUAGCCUAUUAACUCUUUACUCUACUAGGACACUGUUUGCUUUGCACUUGUCAUUUUUGACCUGGGGGAAAUAAAUGAAACCCUGCAUAUCA